UGCACAAUGCCGGUGGAGACCCUGUUCCCGUCGUCGGGGGGCAUGUCCUCCAUGCCCUUCCGCCUCCUCAACAAAGGCCCCGCCUACUUCCGGCGCCCGCUGGCGGAGCCCGGCUCGCGGCGCCUGAGCGCCGUGGAGCGGCUGGAGGCGGACAAGGCCAAGUACGUCAAGAGCCAGCAGGUGGUCCUGACGCGGCAGGCGCCCGUCAAGCCCCCGCACUGCGGCUCCGCCCCCAACAACACCACCACCGCCGGCGACUCCCCCAAGACCCCCAUCAUCCGCAAGCCCCUGCUCACGCCCGCCAUGCGCGGCCAGAUAGCCACGCCCCCGGCCCGCAAGCUCCCACGCCGACCAAUCACGGCGGAGACGGGAGUGGGAGGAGGAGGAGGAGGGAAUGUUUGCGGGACGGGCGGGAGGAGAGGCCCCGCCCUCAACCUGGAGAUCCUCAACAACCUCAUCAACAACGUCAGCGACGUCGGCCACGCGCCCGUCACCGCCGUCCCCACCUGCCGCUCCUCCCUCCCCUCCUGCUCCUCGUCCUCCUCCGCCUCGUCCUCCUCCUCGCCCUCCCCGUCGGGCUCCUCCCCCUCCCCGUCAGGCUCCUCCCCCUCGUCGGGCACCAAGAGCAUCGGCAGCAGCCUGUCAGCGGAGCCCCACCUCCUGCUGCUCAACAACCUCAAGGCCAUCAACACCACCUCCUCCUCCAAGCCCCUCAACACCACCUCCUCCUCCACCUCCUCCUCCAAGCCCCUCAACACCACCUCCUCCUCCACCUCCUCCUCCAAGCCCCUGCUCAACAACCUCAAGGCCAUCAACACCACCUCCUCCUCCACCUCCUCCUCCAAGCCCCUCAACACCUCCUCCUCCACCUCCUCCUCCAAGCCCCUCAACACCUCCUCCUCCACCUCCUCCUCCAAGCCCCUCAACACCACCUCCUCCUCCACCUCCUCCUCCAAGCCCCUCAACACCUCCUCCUCCCUCUCCUCCUCCUCCACCUCCUCCCCGCUCGACAACAGGAACAACGACAGCCAGCAGCCCCCCCCCGUCCCGGUGCGGGCCCCCCGCGUGGCGACCCCGCCCUACCCCCACCCCCACCCCCACCCCAUGGCGGUGCGGCGCGUCGACGUGCGUCCGCCCGCCGCCCUCCGGACCUUCCCCCCCCGCCCGGCCCUCCCCCUCAAGCCCCUCCUCCUCCCCCUGCGGCAGACCGCCCAGCCCCAGGCCCCGCCCACCCUGCCGCCGCCGCCGCCCCCACCGCACCGGACGUCCUCCGCCUCCUCCUCCACCUCGCCCUCGUCCCGCCUGGGGGCCCCGCCCCCGCCCUACCCGCCGCCGUCGCCCGCCUUCACGCGGCUCUCCAACGCCAGCUCGUCGCGGAAGCCGCCGGCGCCGGCGCUGCACCGCUCCAAGUCGGACCUGAGCGACCGCUACUCGCGCGCCACGGCCGACCUGGAGCGCUUCUUCAACUACUGCGGGCUGGACCGCGGCGAGGUGGAGGCGCUGGGCGGCGUGGAGCGCUUCGGCCGCGCCAACUCCGACAUCGUGUCCGUGUCCAAGCUGCGCAGCGUCAGCACGCCCAGCUCCGAGUGCGAGGGCGAGGGCGGGGGCGAGGGGGGUGGCGGUGGCGGCGGCGGGGAGGGGCCGGGCGUGGAGCGGGCGCCGUACGGGAUCUCGGUGAUCGAGAGGAACGCCCGCGUCAUCAAGUGGCUCUACGGCAUCCGCCAGGCCCGGGACGCGGCACACGCCGUCUCCAACGUGUAG